AUGUCACAACAACGUCGUCCAGCAUGGGCUCGUUUGCCUUCUAUGGCUCGAGCUUCGCAAAAUCCUGCACCUGCAGCCCCAAUUCCUCAGCCAACUACUACUCCCGCACCUCCUCCAACCCAACCCCCACAGCCACGGGCACCAUUUGGUCAGCUGGGGAGGGCCCCAUCCGUUCUGUCUCAGAUAAGUCAGACUCGGGAGCGCACUCCUCCGCCUCCGCCUCCACCAGCUGCAACGCCUGCACCACCUGCACCGGCUAGAUCUCCACGGAGGUCCCCUGUUCCACCACCAGUUCCUGCACCUUCUACCCCAAGGAAGUCUCCAAUUUCAGCAACCCCAACGGUGGCCCCUUCACCAAAGCCUUCGGCUCCAUCGCCACCUCGGGAGACCACUACUUCAACACCAAAAUCCCCAAUCACCAAUACAUUGUCAAAUUCUCCUAUCCCAAAAGAACCAUUAACAACUACGACAAAUGUUAGAGUUCCAUCUCCUCCAAUUCGCGAAUCUCCUAAAACAAAAACUCAAGGUCCAUCUUCUUCAAUGCAAGCGUCUCCAGUGCCUAAACCAGUUGCAACUGCAGCCCCUGAAUCAUCUCCAAAAACAGUCAAACCAUUGGAAAAAACUCCAGUCCAAUCUCCCAAACCGAAGCUGGUGGCCCCCCCUCCAUCUCCAUUCACACUACCUCCUCCUCAAUUAAAGUCAGACAGCGAGCGUGAAACAAAGAUACCUACUAAAGUCGACCAAAAAGACGUGCUGGUACAAGAAACCAUUGAAAAAUUUCCAAAGCUGAUGCCAUCAAAUUCUCGUAACAGUAGCAUUGCUUCCAGUGGGAAGCAAGAAUUACCAAACGAAAAAGUUCCUAACAAGAAGAUAUCUGAUCCUGAAAAGUUGGGUAUGAGUGUGAUAACACUUGCAGGAGAUAACAAAGGAGCUGUAAUGGAAUUGAGUCCUUCCCGCAACAAAAAUCAUUCUAUAACCAACCCUCCCAGCCAUCACAAGAAUGGAAAUCAUGCUAAACCUGAAGGCGAAAAAUCUAGCAACGAUGAAGAAGGAAGAUCAGACAAGGAGAAAAAUAAGAAGGCAAUGGCAAUGCAAUCACCACCAAUGACAGCUUAUGUGAACAGCAACGUUCAGGGAGUAAACAAUUCCAUUUUCUUUAAGAGUUCAUCCACUCAUCAAAAUCCAGGAGUCCAUCUCUCUAUCAACAGGAAGGCAAAUGGAGGCCAUGGAAUUCACUUCAAGGAUCACGAUGCAUAA